CGGCUCAUAAGAACAGUUCGUUCACGAAUCGGACAUCGCUGAUCAGGAGAGGUCCGUCGCCCAACAACAACAUUUUAGUGCGGUAAACCAACAAUGGGAACCCGCGACGACGAAUACGAUUAUUUAUUUAAAGUGGUGCUCAUUGGAGACUCUGGUGUGGGGAAGAGUAACCUGUUGUCCCGUUUCACUCGGAAUGAGUUCAACCUGGAGAGCAAGAGCACCAUUGGUGUGGAGUUCGCAACCCGCAGCAUCCAAGUGGACAGCAAGACCAUAAAGGCCCAGAUUUGGGAUACAGCGGGACAGGAACGCUACAGAGCCAUCACAUCAGCAUACUACCGGGGUGCAGUUGGAGCUCUUUUGGUCUAUGACAUCGCAAAGCAUCUGACUUAUGAGAAUGUGGAGCGCUGGCUGAAGGAGCUGCGGGAUCAUGCGGAUAACAACAUUGUCAUCAUGCUGGUGGGCAACAAGAGCGAUUUGAGGCACCUCAGGGCCGUUCCCACUGAUGAGGCCAGAGCUUUUGCAGAGAAGAACAAUCUCUCCUUCAUCGAAACAUCAGCUUUGGACUCCACAAAUGUGGAGGAGGCAUUUAAAAACAUACUAACAGAAAUCUAUCGGAUCGUGUCACAGAAGCAGAUCGCCGACAGGUCCAUGCACGACGAAUCUCCUGGCAACAACGUAGUGGACAUUAGCGUGCCGCCCACUACCGAUGGUUUAAAGGGCAACAAAUUUCAGUGCUGUCAGAACCUGUGACCCCACUUCCCCCAGCUCUACCCCCACCCUUGGGCUUCAGUUCCCCUCUAUUUAUCUUGGCUUUGCUCCUGUGUGUUGUGCUAUAGCUAUGGCUGUUUCCUCUUUUUACCUCGUUGUGAUUUCCACGCUAAUUUUAGACGUCCCUUAGAAGCGUGACGUAACAUUCCUUUUCCUUGUUUUGGGGGGGUUCUUGUUUGUUUGUCCCUAUUUUUUUUUUUCUUUACUAUUAUCCACUGUCUGAAUUCACGUUUUCCUCGGAAGUGAUUAUUUGGGCGCUGAUCGUGUGAUCCGCUCCUGUGGAAAAGGGAUGGUGAGGGAUCAGUGUGUCUUCGGCUUCCUCUGAUGGUUAUUCUCUGGGAUCCACACUAAACGCCCACCGUCUGUUGAGCCAGAUCCCUGACUUGGGAUAAAAGGGCAAGUUUUUUUGAAAACAAAAA